GUACGGAAGAAGACGCCGCACAGCGAGAGACGUGGGUGCUCCGGAAGUCCUGCCUACAGAUCCCCAAAGUGCCAGUCAAGUUUUUAUAAGGCUUUCGGCGAGGCUGUUUAUGCCUUUCUGCGAUUCUGGACAGAAGGCCGCUGCUCUCCUGGCUUCCUCGAGAGAUUAUCUGGUUGAAGCUUGUCUGUGGAUUGGAUGUGAAAAUCGCUGCUGUGCUGUUUAUCUUACCCCCCGUUGUCUGAAUUCUCUCCAUCGCCAACAAGUCGUCUUCUUCCCUUCUCUGCUGCCUUUUGCUGAAAACAGGUCCAUGGCUCUCCCUCCCUGUUUCCUUUCACAACACAUUGCAUGGAAAUCCAGUGUCCUUUGAAAUACCGAGCAUAUUCACCUGAGAUGGCGGAGGACCAGGAGCCUGCACAGCCGUGCAAGACUCCUCGUGAGUCUUCAAUGAAGGAGCGGACCAGCAACACAUACCGCAGUGCUCAACACUCACAGGCUUUGCUGAGUGGAUUGGUAGCUCUCCGAGACAGCGGUGUCCUCUUUGAUGUCAUCUUACUUGUGGAGGGGAAGGCUAUUGAAGCUCACCGCAUUCUCCUGGCAGCAUCAUGUGACUACUUCAGGGGUAUGUUCGCAGGUGGACUAAGAGAAAUGGAACAAGAGGAGGUCCAGAUCCAGGGUGUAUCUUACAAUGCUAUGUGUAAAAUUCUAAACUUCAUAUACACUUCUGAGCUGGAGCUCAGCCUAAACAACGUGCAGGAAAUACUCACUGCAGCAUGUCACCUUCAGAUCCCUGAUGUUAUCAAAUUCUGUUGCGACUUCCUGAUGUCUUGGGUAGAUGAUGAGAACAUCUUGGAUGUGUAUAGACUAGCAGAACUUUUUGACCUGAGCCAUUUGAGUGAGCAGCUGGACUCCUACAUUUUGAAAAAUUUUGUUACAUUCUCAAAGACACAAAUGUACCGCCAGCUCCCCCUUGAAAAGGUCUACACCCUUCUCAGCAGCAACUUCUUAGAGGUCACCUCUGAGAAUGAGGUCUACGAAGGGGCCCUCCUUUACCAUUACACACCAGAGCAGGUGGAGACAGACCAAGUCUCCUUAAUGGAACCUCCAAAGCUGCUGGAGACUGUUCGUUUUCCCUUGAUGGAGAUCCAAAUUCUGCAGAGGCUCCAUGACAAACUGAGUCAGUGCCCAUUAAAGGAAACAGUGGCCAGUGCAUUGAUGUACCACAAGAACGAGUGCCUUCAACCAAUGCUUCAGAAUAUGCACACGCAACUGAGGUCACCAUUUCAGUGUGUUGUGGGCUUUGGAGGGAUGCAUUCUACUCCAUCCACAGUUCUCAGCAACCAAGCCAAGUACUUAAACCCACUAUCAAGUGAAUGGAGACACUUCGCUGCAGCACAGUCCCGCAAAAUGUCCAACCAGGGAAUUGCGGUUCUCAACAACUUUGUCUACUUAAUUGGAGGAGAUAACAAUGUACGAGGUUUUCGAGCAGAGUUCAGGUGUUGGAGGUAUGACCCACGUCACAACAAAUGGUUCCAGAUCCAGUCCCUUCAGCAAGAGCACGCUGACCUCUGUGUCUGUGUUGUGGAUGAGUACAUCUAUGCUGUGGCAGGACGGGACUACCAUGAAGACUUGCGGGAGGUGGAGAGAUAUAACCCCAUAACCAACAUCUGGGAAUAUGUGGCCCCUCUCAAGAAGGAGGUAUAUGCACAUGCAGGAGCUACUUUGGAAGGUAAGAUGUACAUUACCUGUGGCAGAAGAGGUGAGGACUACUUGAAAGAGUUGCAUUGUUAUGAUCCAGUGACUGAUCGCUGGGAGAGUCUGGCAGAUGGGCCUGUCCGGCGAGCCUGGCAUGGAAUGGCUGCACUGCUGGGGAGGCUGUAUGUGAUUGGAGGUAGUAACAAUGAUUCUGGCUACAGAAGAGAUGUUCAUCUGGUUGCCUGCUAUACUCCAAGCACUGGUCAGUGGACUAGCGUCCGCCCUCUACCUGUAGGACAUGGAGAACCUGGCAUUGCUGUCCUAAGACACAAGGUCUACGUCUUAGGGGGCAGGUCCCAUAACCGGGGCAUCCGCAUGGACUACGUCCAUAUUUAUGAUGCUGAAAGAGAUGACUGGGAAGAAGGGCCACCGUUGGAAGAAGAUAUUUCUGGAAUGGCCGCCUGUGUACUCACUUUGCCAAGGGUCAUCCUAACGGAUGUGGAAAGAGGGGACCCUGAGUGGCAACGGGACAGACUGCAGAACCCUCUGGAGGUUUCUUCUGAUGUCUUGAGUGUAUCUGACUGGGAGGAAUUUGAACAUCUGGGUGACGAUUAGCCUAAGGGAUGGGCCUCUUUUUUCAACUUUUUGGCUUUCCCCCUUGCUGUAACUGAGCCAGGUAAUGUGACUACCCUCACUUUGUUGAGCCCCACACUCUUGCCACCAAGUUUUUCUGCCUUUAUACCCUAUGACGGGAGGCAGUCUGGUCACAUUGACAGGACUUACACCAACAGCUGGCCAGAGCAUACUGAAAAGAAGGCUAAGAAUGCACUGGAUGGGCUUCAGUGCGAGGGCAUUUUGCACAAAGAGGUGGCAAGUAGCCCACCCCUUGACUAAAGGAAGGCUUGUAGGAAUGAUGCGUGUCUUCAUCAAUGAACUGUGAGUUCAGAUUACAUUAUUUGCUGACUUGAAAAAGCAUUUGAUGUGGAGGUGACUUUGACCAUUGGUCUGCCAUAUAAGACAAACCAGUGAGCUUUUUCUUGACAAAAAGCUGUAGUUCUGUCCUCUGAAAGCUUACUAGCCACUUGAUUUGCAGCACAAAAGACAGCUCAGCCACUUCGGAGCAUCAGAUGUCCAGCAUGAAAUUCCUUCCUCGUUACUCCUAAAAAAGAAUCCUUGGUGAGCAUCUUAGCCUAGGAAGAACCAUCUUCUUCCCAUCUCCUGAGCCCUCUGAGCUCCUCUGUGCUGCCAGUACCUCUGCAGUACCUCUUCUUAGCUGCAGUACUGGCUGCUGUGCAGUUGAGCUGAAAGUUACCACCUUGUCUUGGCAAAGAAAUAUUUGUUGUUCAGUAUUCUUUACUUUUAAAAAAGAUAUAUAUACACAUCACAUUUUUUCUUGUAGUUGUCGGACAGAUAAGCUAAAGCCAGGAGAAAAUCGACUUGUGUCUUACAGACUCAACAAGUGGGAACCUGCAAAACUUUGCCAGAGGUGUCUAAUUUCUUCCUCCCCCACUGUUUCCUGUUUCCAUUUCCUGGAAGUUCCAUAGGCUCUCCUCUUUUCCUGCAUUCUUCUUUCCUUUAAGGGUGGGGUCUGGAGAGAUCCUGGAGAGUCACAAUGGUUCUUCCAACUACAUAGAUCGAUUCCCUCAGUUGCCAGUUCUAGGUUGGGGAAUUCCUGGAGAUGCAGCCUUGGGUGGCAAGGUUUGGGGAGAAAAAUGACCUCAGCAGAGUAUGCCAUACACUUUCCUUGGGAACUGCCCUUUGGUAAGGUAAUUUCCACCUUGGAGGGCACCAUAGCCACAGAGCUUUUCUCCCACUCCGAGCGCCUAACCUGCGUUAGCAGUGCUAUCUCCUUCCCACCUAAUUGACAAUCUACCUUUAUCUACCCCACUGUCUUAAGCUUUCUCCUUUCACUUCCCCGCAGUAACCUCUAUGUAGGAAAACUGGCUCAGUUGCAUGGUGCUGGUUACUGGAUCAUGCCCAGUUGCAUGGUAGGGAACUCUCAAAGACUUGUGGGGUGGCAUUUCACUUGUAUUCCCUUUCCAACAAUAUUUCCCCUUUCCUGCCUCUUCUCUCUGUCUUGAGCCCUUCACAACUUAUUUUUUAUCUCUCGUCAGCCGUAUUUAUUAUUGAUGUACUUCAUUUUUAUCCCACCCAAAACAAUUUGCACUAUUCUCCUUUCCUCCUUUUAAUCUGUAAAACUACCCUGUGAGGCAGAAUAGGCUGAAAUAUAGACUGGUCCAUAAUAAUCUACCAAGAUUUGAACUUGGAUGCUCCUAGACCCCACUCUGAAAUCCUACACCCACUGGCUUGCAUGGGGUGGCUACUGUUGAACAACAGCAAGCAGCUAGGCCGAGCUGAGUCAUGCAAAUAGGGUGCUAUCAAGUCACCCAGAAGUUGCUGCUGGGCCUAGAUUUGAUGGGACCUGGAGAUCUUUCAGAGUUAGAACUGAACUCUAGACAACACAGAGAAACCUGGAGUAAAUGGCUGUUUUGGAAGGGGAUUCUGCCCUCUCCAAAGUCAGCCAUUCUACGAAUGCACCACAGAAUCUCCAGGAAUUUCCCAGUCUGGAGCUGGCAACUUUAGUCAGGCCUGGCCCCAAUGAGCCCUCCUUCAAUGGCCAAAAUAGGCCUGGAAUGGGCCCUUCGGCCUUUUACUGACAGAACCCAGCCUAGAAUGCUGUGAUUGCCUAGCAGUUGCCACUGAGGGAAUCCAUUGCUUAAAACUACAGGCACUCUUUUAUCAUUUUGGGUUUGUUUUUUGUUUUGUUUUUUAAAAACACCCAAUGUAUUUUUUGUUUUAAGAUUCCAGCUUUUUUUGCAAGGCUGAGGCUCUUUUUAGGUUUUUCUUGCCCCAUUCGUAGCUCCAAUCACCUGAUUUAAGGGGGAAAAAAAGAAUGCACCUGAAUAUAGGGAGGCAUGUCCCAAAUAGAAAUGAGGACAGUAGUUUGAAAGCCCUAGUAAUCUGCUCCCCUCUAUCCUUUCUCAAGGCAAACAGUGGUUUUGCAGCUCCCAUUUUGUUUUCAUCUCUUCCGUUCAGAAGAGUAAUUACAGAGCGCCAAACAGUUGUUGAUUUUUUAAACUAUUCAAAUACCUCUUUGGCUAUGUCACCACUGGCAAAUCUACCAUAUAUGCACACAAGCAAAUCUACCACAUGUACACACACAUAUACUCUCCCCCACUUUGUAGAGCUCUAGUUCAUGGUUUCAUUCAAAGAACGUCAACACCAUGUUAAAACGAUGACCUCCCCACAAUACAUCUUGUAUAGAUAUCUCCUCAAAAAACUUCAUAUCUGCCCAUCAUAGGUAGGUAUGCCAGCCUGUAGAUUUAAGAGAAGUAUGGAAAUACUGCUCUUGCUUGAUGCAAAGGAACAAAGAGUAGCAUAGAGAAUUGACAAAUAUCAAGAAAAUUAAUCCACUUGCAUCUGAAGAGGACUCUGAGGUAGAAUGCCAUAACAGCUAUCAGAAUAAUUUUUUGCAGAACAUAAACACAGGAUGAGUGAUAUUCAUGGAGGUGAAAUAAGUCUCUGCUUUAAAAUACCUGCGGUUGAGCUGAGCAACUUUCUACUAGGAACCAGUUCUGAAAAACAGCUUCUGGUACAACAGCUGAACACUCAUUAGUUUCCAGCAAACCCACAGUCUUAUACUGCUUGUUUUCUUCCCUAGCAUUCUAUGAAAAUUUCCAGAGUGAUACAUCUGUUUUACAGCAAGGUUUUAUUCAACAUGAAAGAGCCGGGGUGGCUGGGCCAACAGACUGGGUCCAUGAAUAUGAGGCAGCCAUAUCCAGUGUUACCUUUUAGGUACCAUAGAGGGCAGCAGAAUGAGAGAAGACAGCUUUAGCACAGAAGGCUUAAUCCAGCAGAAAGCUGUUUUAUACAAGCCCCAUUGAAAUGAGCAAGAACCAUGGAAGCGUGUGGUACUGUUCCAGAACAGCUCCUGUUCAUUUUAAAUGCCUUUUCCACUUUAUCCUCCAAGGUGUCUUAGCUAGCCUUGUUUCAGAGACUUGUAGACACCAGGAAAAUCAAUCAAUGAUCAAGUAAUAGCAAAGACACAUUGAAAAAUAUAUAGUAGGCAAGACAAUAAUGUACCAGCUUGGUUUUUAACAGGUGUUGCAAAUAAGUCUUGUAAAGUGAGAUUAAUGUCUGUCAAGAAGGAAUGUUUUUCUUAAACUACUUGUGUCUUACUAUCUGUGGUUACCUAAAAUAUCAAUUACAUCCCCCUGAGGCCAGUUGUAUUUAGUAACUGGUGAGUUACUACAGACAAUAGUGGCAUACUAUUCUGUGCAUGAGUGCUGUGAGGUUGUGAAUCAGUAUAAACCACUUGUGUGUCUUCCCCAAACUCUUGUUACCUUCUCACCAGCAUACAUCCUUGGCUGAAUCUACGGGUGCAGUGUCUCAGUGCCAACAAGCUCUGAUAAAAUGGAAGGAACUCUGUAUAAUAACUGGCGAGCUUGCUCUGUCUCAGUAGAUUUUGGUAGGAUCAGAAAGUGGGGCUAAACUGUCUACAUUGCCUUCUUCUAAUGGACACUGGUCCAUUUUGAAUUGUUUUUAAGUCCCACCUCCUGGAACACCAGGCAGGGCAAAGCAACUCUGACGUCCAUUUGUGUCUUCGCCCUGGGUACAGCGAGGCAGAAUUAAUAUGAGCUCUAUUGAGAGCCGUUAAAGAGAAAAAAGAAAGUGAAAGAAAAAUGGCAAUUCUAGAAAGAGGGGUGUUUGAGCAGAAGAAUCAAUUGUAUACCAACAUUGAUGUGGGCUUCUGGAAGCACUUUGAAAACUUUGAUGACUGAAAUUGAAUGUGACCUGAUUUAACAUGCUUGUUUUAAUUUAUGCCCAACAGCAACAAAUACUUGAACUUAAAUAUUUGAUUUAUGAGGGGAUCCCGUGUGGUUUAAAUGUUUAAACAAACUCCAAGGUUUGUUAAAAGUUUUAUUGGAAUAAGAUUAAUAAAAAUUUAAAGA